AUGUCCCUGCGGAGAGACGACAGCCGCGUCAUUAUCCACUUUGACUAUGACUGCUUCUACGCGUCCGUCUUCGAGGCAGAGAACCCCGCGCUGAAGUCCCUUCCGCUCGCCGUCCAGCAGAAACAGAUCGUCGUGACCUGCAACUAUGAGGCCCGACGACGCGGAUUGCGGAAACUGCAGCUCAUCAAGGAGGCCAAGAAGAUCUGCCCGGACGUCGUCAUCGUCCUUGGAGAGGAUCUGACCAAGUUUCGGGACGCGUCCAAGGGACUCUAUGCCUUUCUUCGUUCCUUCCUCUGGGGCGCACGCAUCGAGAAGCUUGGCUUUGAUGAGGUCUUCCUCGAUGUUACCGAGAUGAUCGACUACAAUGUCGAUUUACUGAACCAGCACGACCUGGCUCACUCCUUCUUCCACCUAGAUAAGCUGGAUCCCACCCGGGGCUUCGAAUUCGAUGCUACCCGGUUCUGUGGCCCUACCUAUCCGGCUUCACCUGACGAUGCAGCAGUGCUCUCCGAUGCUCUGUCCAUGCGUCUCAUUCUGGGGUCUCACUUGGCUAACCACCUCCGGACUCGACUCGAAGAGGAGCGGGGCUACACUGCCACUGUUGGCGUGUCCACAUCAAAGUUACUGGCAAAGCUGGUAGGCAAUGUCAACAAGCCGAACAAUCAGACAACGCUUAUUCCACCUUAUGUUGGGGACGGGAGCAAUGUCACUCGUUUUCUCGACUCGCAUGAGGUUGGCAAAGUCCCGGGUAUCGGGUUCAAGCUAGCUCACAAGCUGAGAACACAUAUUCUGGGCCGCGAACCGAGCUCGGAGCCUUACACAGCACAGCCUCACGAGGAUCGGGUCACUGUGCGGGAUGUUCGUUUGUCCCCCGGCAUGGGGCCUGCCCUAUUACACAAGAUUCUAGAUGGACCAGGUGCGCCCAAAGACAUCGGAGUCCGGGUAUGGGCUCUGUUAAACGGUGUCGAUUCCUCGGAGGUCCAGGAGGCAAGAACCGUGCCCACUCAGAUUAGCAUUGAGGACUCUUACCGGGGACUAGACCAUUUUGAUGCAGUGAAAAAAGAGCUCCGAUCCCUGGCUGUCAGUCUAAUCCGUCGGAUGCGAGUCGAUCUGACCGAGGAAGAUCCCGAAGAUGUGCCAGCUACUGAGAUGGAGGGGCUGCAGAGAGCCCGAAAGGUGCGCUGGCUGGCCCAUCCACGCACCCUUCGGCUCUCUACGCGCCGUCGAGCGCCGUCGAAUCCGGAUGGCUCGCGUGAUCACAGCUUCAAUCGGGUCUCCCGCUCCGGCCCUGCUCCGUCAUUCAUCUUCAAUCUGGAAGAUAGCGUUGAGGCUGUUGCGAAUCGGCUUGUCGAUGAAAGCCUGCUCUCUAUGUUCCGCAAGCUCCACCCCGAGAAAUCGUUUAGGGACCUGGGCUUGAUCAACGUCGCCGUGACGAACAUGGUCGAGAGUGCUGGGGAGCAAAAGCAGAGCAGUGGGCGGGACAUUAGUAAGAUGUUGAGGCAACAGGAAUCGGUUCUGAAGGACUGGAGGGCAUCAGAGCCCAGCUCUUCAUCUGUGCAGUUGGGGGGUUCUCAGCUCUCCCAAGAAGCGACUACCAACAUGCCAAGUUCGGCUCCACCCCGUGACACCCUUGGACAACAGCAGGAGAUGAAUGAUUCUUCCGUUGUUGAUGUCGAGGAUGCCACGUGGGAGGACAGUGAGGACGAGGAACUCAUCUCCAACUACCGGUGUGAUAAGUGCGGUGUGUUCAUCCCGCAUUUCGCACUCUCUGCUCAUGCUCAAUAUCACGAGGCUCCUGAUUGA